AUGGCGAAAUUCACCCUGGGGAAGCCGGAGGGCGAGGCGGGGAAGGCAUGGCCAGCGAUCAUAAUUGGUCUGUUCGUGGCGCUUGGUGGAGUCCUUUUCGGAUAUGACACUGGAACAAUCAGUGGCAUCCUCGAAAUGGAGUACUGGGUCGAUGAGAUGAAGACCGAUCCGAUUGGUAUCACCACUGGACAGCAAUCUCUCAUCGUAUCCAUUCUAUCAGCUGGAACGUUCCUCGGUGCCCUUGCUGCUGCUCCGAUAGCAGAUAUGAUCGGACGUCGACUGGGUCUGAUUAUCUCAACCGGACUGGUGUUCAAUCUAGGUGUCGUCCUCCAAACUGUUUCAAUCGAACAAGACUUGUUUAUAGCGGGCCGGUUCUUCGCUGGUCUCGGGGUCGGGUUGGUCUCGGCAUUGAUUCCAAUGUAUCAAUCUGAAACAGCUCCCAAGUGGAUCAGAGGCACCAUCAUUGGUGCAUACCAGCUGUCCAUCACGAUUGGUCUGUUCCUGGCAGCCAUUGUGAAUAAUGGCACGCAAGGUCGAGAUGAUUCGGGAUCAUACCGGAUUCCAGUCGCAAUCCAGUUCGCGUGGUCUCUCAUCCUGGUCUCAGGGUUGAUAAUCCUACCCGAGACUCCAAGAUACCUCAUCAAGCAGGGGAAAGAUGAAAAGGCCGCUAUUGCUCUCGGCAGACUACGACGGCUUGAUCCACAUGACCCAGCAAUUGAAGAGGAACUGGUGGAGGUUCGAGCCAAUUACCGGUACGAGAUGUCUAUCGGCAAAGCUUCAUACAAAGACUGCUUUAGGGGCACUGUCCGCAAGCGGCUUAUCACCGGUUGCUUGCUGCAGGCGCUCCAGCAGUUGUCUGGCGUGAACUUCAUUUUCUACUACGGGACGCAGUACUUCAAAAGAGCCGGAUUUCAGGACCCAUUUAUCAUUCAGGUCAUCACCAACAGUGUCAACGUUGCGUCGACAUUCCCCGGCUUGUACCUCGUGGAGAAGAUGGGACGUCGAGGAUUGCUUCUCUUUGGCGCUAUCGGAAUGGCGGUCUCCCAGUUCAUUGUGGCAAUUGUCGGUACAGUAGCCGGAACCAGCGAUCUCCCCGCACAACGUGCAGCCAUUGCCUUUGUUUGCAUCUACAUUUUCUUCUUCGCCGCAUCCUGGGGGCCCGUUGCUUGGGUUGUGACUGGCGAGCUGUUCCCCUUGAAGGCAAGAGCGAAAUGCCUCUCCUUUACCACGGCGUCCAAUUGGCUGUUCAAUUGGGCCAUCGCUUAUUCCACGCCAUACCUCGUCGAUCCUGGCGACAACAACGCGGACCUGGGAAGCAAAGUGUUCUUCAUCUGGGGUUCCUUCUGCGCAAUUGCCAUCGUUUUUACCUACGCGAUGAUUUACGAGACGAAGGGUCUCACGCUUGAACAAGUGGAUGAGCUGUACGGCAUCGUCGGCAAGGCAUGGAGGAGCCAGGAGUUUAGGCCUGCUGUGCGCUGGGCCGAUAUUGAUGACAAAGAAGAAGGUGGAAGAAAGAGAAGCCUUGCAGAGAUCACCGCAGACCAGGAGAGACUGAGGAGCGUCGUUUCACAGAGUGCUGGGAAUGAGAAAGUGUAAGAAAUGUUUGAGCUCAGGGGCUAGGACGAAACGGGACGACUGCAGUGUGACUCAGUGGUAAUGCGGCGAUUAUGAUGUUUGAAUAGCCAAAGGUCAUUUUUCACAACGUCGGAAUUCGGAAGGCAGGGUGAUUGUUUGCUGAAAAAUCGUCACUCAAUGCACCGGAUCUCGGAUUCUUCUGUGGAGUCGGAUUCUCUAGAGGGAUGCUCCUGGAAGGGCAUACUCUGAUACUCAUCCCUAUCGUGCAUUGCAUAAACUACAUGGCACGAUUGGUCGAUACAUGUGCAGGAGAGUACUGGGUAGUGGGUAUGGUUUCUGUUGACUGUUGCUGUGAUUUGUUUAACUAUCAGUGUGUAUGUCGCUGUCUAUCCUAGAAUGGCU